AUGACUGCCGUGGCAAACCCUCCCAGCUUUGCGAAUCUGAAUCGACCAGGAUGGAUUAAUGGGGCGCAGACGCUCAACUCGAUGAACCCGUCGUCGGAUGACGUCCGAGGAGUCAACAUGCUUAUGCAGCGUAAACCCCUCCAACGAUCAAGUUCGUCGUCGUCCGUUUCGUCGACAUCCUCGAACUCGUCGACUUCGACCGUGACAUCAAAUCCCGCCUCGCAGCCGAACGGCGUCCCCAUGCCAGGGGCGGGCAGCACAGAUGGCUGGUCAAAUCCUGCAAGCCGCAAGCGACCGACCCCCAAAGGCCCGUGGUCGAAUGGGAAACCCGACGGGGCAGGCGAUCUUCACAGAGCUACGUCCGGCCGUGCGCCGCUGACGAACGGGAUCAAUGGCACGUCCGGGCUGGGCCAGCAACAAUCUGUCAUGUCAACUCCGAUCCAGCUCGGGGGCCAAACGGGACUCGGCCGCCCGGGCACCGAGGGCAUGGGCUCGGGGCGGCAGCCAGUGCUCUACCUGCUCUCUCUGAACGGCAGCUUCGAACGCAAGACCAUCUCAGUUCCUUACUUUCCCGAUACCCUCCGAAUAGGGCGCCAGACCAACGCGAAAACGGUGCCAACCCCAAUUAACGGCUUCUUCGACAGCAAGGUACUGUCGAGGCAGCACGCUGAAAUAUGGGCCGACACCAACGGGAAGAUCUGGAUCCGGGAUGUCAAGUCAUCCAACGGGACCUUUGUGAACGGCACUCGUCUGUCACCCGAAAACCGAGACUCUGACCCUCACGAGCUACAAACACAAGACCACCUCGAGCUUGGAAUCGACAUAGUCAGCGAAGACCAAAAGACGGUGACCGAGAUGCGCAAUGCGCGGCUGCAAAACCAAGAUUUGGCCCGGACAAGCCAAUUCAUCAGCGCCCUUCUAUCGAAAGAAGACGUCAGAAACAGCGACAAAACAGAAGCCCCCGAACCUCCCAAAGGGCACCUGCCCAACGGCAACAUCUCCUUCCGGUCCGACGGUGGGAAAACGCGGUUUUCUGAGCCGCCUGCUCCCCCGCCGUCCCAGCCACUCCCAGAAAAACCGGACACUGCCCGAGCUUCGGACGCGCCCUCGCUGAAACGAGGCAUAACAGAGCGACCGAAGCUGGCAAGCACGUCGCCUAUCCGGCAGGACAACAACCUCAACCAGAUCCUUCUCCUCACAGAAGCGUUGAACAACGCCAAGAAGGAGCUUGACAGCAACACGGCGAGGGUGCGGGAUCUCGAAGAGAUGUUGACCAAGGAACGGGAGGCCCGGUUACACGCGGAGGACAUGAUGCAGAAGAUGGAGGAGACGAGCCACGCCAAUAUGAACGGUUCCGCCGAAGCGCCACCGUCAGUCAACGGCCAUUCUGAGCUGGACAGCGCUUUUGAACCCCCCAGCGAGCAAAUUAAGGCUGCCGAAGCCGGUAAGGCUCCCGACAGCCCCGAUGAUGAUGAUGGAUCCACCACUCUCCAACAACCAGACAAGGCCGAGCUACUCACCGCAGCCUUCCAGGCGCGGAUUGAGUCGAUGGCGAUGGAAAUGACGAGCCUCAAGGAACAACUCGAGGCAUUCAAAUUGCGAGCGGAGAAGGCCGAGGCUGAGCGGGACGCCGACCGAAAGACACUCGCCGAGAUGGUACUCCAAAUACGGCAGCGUGACGAAGAUGAGAAGAGGCGAGAGACCCAAAGGAAAACCAGGUCGGUGUCCAAGGGCAGGCGGCAUGCGCCAAGCGAAGACACCGCGGCGGAGACGCCUGAUUUUGUGACGAACGGCAGCACCAAGGUGACGCCAGCCGCCCAAACCGGCGGCGUUCUGGAAGAGGAGACUUCAAAUACGGCACCCACGCCUUCCCGGGGAAAUACCAUGAAACCCAAUGUGGGAACCCUAAAGGUCCAGGGCCAGCAGUCGCAGGACGGGCCGCUACUACAGGCACUACCAUAUGUGUCCAUACUUACGGUCGUCGUCUUCGGCAUGGGCUUGAUGGCCUCACCUCAACGGCUGGCAGCCGCAGUCGAGACUGGACCGCUAGUUUAG